CCAGAAGGCUGCUGCUUUGAACUACCAAGGAGAGGACCACAAUGCUGGGCCCUCACUUUCCACCCCCACCCCUUGGCCCCAGGGAGGGGAGGGCUGCCCCUCGUACCUUCCAGAUCCCUGAUGGGAGCUACAGGUGCCUGGCUCUUGAAGCUGAGGAAAGCAGCAGUGAAGAUGGCCUGCAGGGGGAUGUGAGGCUUGCAGACCUGGAAGAAGAGGUGUCCAACAAGAGCAGAAGCGACCAAGGGGCACCACAGCUAUCCAGAGCCCCAGGCAUCAUGCAGCCAUCCAGCUGUGCCAGGGAGGCACAAGGUGGCUUCCAGCACAAUGACAGGACCAGCCAUGAUUGGGAUGUGGUACAGGCCCGGAAAGUGAUGACAGUGAGUGCCAGCUCCAGCCCUGUGCCCAGGGUGGCCCAGAAACCAGCAUUGGGCCGGAGCUCCAGCCUCACUGAAAGGGAUCUGAAAGAGGCCAAAGCGUGGAGCCAGCAGAUCGCAGCCCAGCUGACCACCCCUCCCAGCUCCAACUCCAGAGGGGUCCAGCUCUUCAACAGACGGCGGCAGAGGGUGAACGAGUUCACCUUGGAGAGCCGUGGUCAGAGGCCACCAAAGCUCAGCCACGAGGCCCUCCAAGCAGGGCAUCCUGCUAGCCCCACAGGCCAUGCCCCAGGGAUCAGUCUAAGUCCUACGCCUCUCUCCAAGCCAGCCCCUUCAAAGCACCUUAGCCCCCAAAGCCCCAGUCAAGGGGUCACUGGCCACAUCAUGGAGGGGUACUCAGAGGAGGCCAGUCUGCUUAGGCACCUGGAGAAGGUUGCCAGCGAGGAGGAGGAAGUGCCGCUGGUAGUUUAUUUAAAGGAGAACGCAGCCCUUCUGACAGCUAAUGGGCUCCACCUGUCACAGAACCUCGAGACCCAGCCGUCCUCGCCAAACCCUCCCGCAACUGAAGUUCCCAGUCCAGCUGCAGACAUCAACCAGAACCCUUCCUUGUCCAAUGCCACGCUCACCACGAUGGCCUCUAACAGCCACCGCAACCAGCCCACUGCUGAUGUCAAUCAGAAUCCCCCGGCCACCGUCAGCCCUGUCCAACAGAACUCACCCGAGGAACAGUGUCCCCCCAAUGGCAUACUUGAUUCCAAACCCAGCACUCCAUGCGCUGAUGAGGGGCAGCCCCAGGUGGCAGCAGAGGAGGUACAAUCCAGCAUCCUCCUGAUUGAUAAGGUGUCAGCCCCGUCAUCUGCCACCAGCACCUUCACUAGAGAAGCCACUCCCCUCUCCAGCUCUGUGCCACCACCAGCAGAUCUCAUGUCUAGCUCCCUGCUCAUUGACGUGCAGCCUAGCACCCUAGUGGCACCGGCAGAACAAGAGACGGCUGGACAUGCCCCUGUCACCACACCCACUAAGGUGUACAGCGAAGUACAUCUCACGCUAGCUAAGCCUGCAUCAGUGGUCAACAGGACGGCCAGGCCUUUUGGGAUGCAGUCACCAGGGACUACCAGCCACAUAGAGCAGAGCCCCAUGAUGGGAAGACGACAUUUUGGAGAGAAGACCUGGGCUCCCCCGGCUAGCACGAUGGCGGAUAGGAGUCCCCAGCCGCAGAGGCACAUCAUGUCCCGUAGCCCCAUGGUGGAAAGGAGGCUGGUUGGGCAGCGAAGCCCAGUCCUAGAGAGACGCCCCUUAGGAAGCUUCACGCCACCCCCGACCUAUGCGGAGACUUUGUCAACCGCCCCCGCGGCUUCUCGGGUUAGGUCUCCCCCGUCUUACUCCACUCUGUACCCCAGCUCUGACCCCAAGCCUCCUCAUCUGAAGGGCCAGGUAGUCCCUGCCAACAAGACAGGAAUCCUGGAAGAGUCUAUGGCUCGCCGAGGCAGCCGGAAAUCAAUGUUCACUUUCGUGGAGAAGCCCAAGGUGACCCCGAAUCCAGACUUGCUGGACCUAGUGCAGACAGCUGAUGAGAAGCGAAGGCAGAGAGACCAUGGGGAGGUGGGCAUGGAAGAAGAGCCCUUUGCCCUGGGAGCUGAGGCCUCCAACUUCCAGCAGGAGCCAGUAUCUCGGGACAGGGGGAGCCCCGCAGCAGCUGAGGAGGCUGUCCCCGAGUGGGCCUCCUGCCUCAAAUCACCCCGUAUCCAGGCCAAGCCGAAGCCCAAACCCAACCAGAACCUCUCAGAGGCCUCAGGGAAGGGCGCUGAGCUUUAUGCCCGCCGCCAGUCACGGAUGGAGAAAUACGUCAUAGAGUCUUCAGGCCAUGCUGAAUUGGCCCGCUGCCCUUCGCCUACUAUGUCCCUGCCUUCAUCCUGGAAGUAUUCCACGAAUGCCCCUGGGGGCUUCCGAGUGGCAUCCCUAAGCCCAGCGCGGACUCCGCCUGCCUCUCUCUACCAUGGCUAUCUGCCUGAGAACGGAGUCCUGCGCCCGGAGCCUACCAAGCAGCAGCCAUAUCAGAUGAGGCCUUCACUCUAUGCUCUGUCGCCCGUCAAGGAACCUGCCAAGGCCGCCUCAUCACGCACCACCUCAUCACGCACCCCGUCACGCACUGUCUCACCUCGUGCUGCCUCCCCAGCCAAGCCUAGCUCCCUGGACCUGGUGCCCAACCUGCCCAGGGCAGGCCUUCCACCAUCUCCUGCUCUGACUCGGGCUUCCCGCUCCUCCCCAGGCCUCUACACUGUCCCCCCAGUGCAGGACAGCCUCCAGCCCACUGCCGUGAGCCCCACCUACAGCAGUGACAUCUCCCCGGUGUCUCCCUCCAGGGCGUGGUCUCCUCGAGCCAAGCAGGCCCCCAGGCCUUCCUUCUCCACCCGGAAUGCUGGGAUCGAGGCCCAGGACCGCUCGGAGAGCCUACCUACGUCCCCGCCCUGGACGCCGGGCGCUUCCCGGCCCCCUAGCAGCCUGGACGGCUGGGUGAGCCCUGGGCCGUGGGAGCCGGGCCGCGGGAGCAGCAUGAGCAGCCCCCCGCCGCUGCCGCCACCUCCACCAAUGUCCCCCUCGUGGAGCGAGCGCUCGGUCUCCCCCCUGAGACCGGAGACCGAAGCGCGACCCCCCAGCCGACAGCUGCAGGCGCUUCUGGCGCGCAACAUCAUCAACGCUGCCCGGCGCAAGAGCGCCUCCCCGCGGCCGGCGGCAGCGGAGACCCUGCGGCCCUUUUCCCCGCCCUGGGUACCGCCGCCGCCGCCGCCGCGCAUGCGCUCUCCGCAACCAGCCCGCCCGGCCGGUACCUUCCGCGGAGCCGCUUUCGCCCCUAUCCCGCGGAGCCAGUUACCCGUCGGGCUUUCGCCCUGCGCUAGUCCCCGGAGUCCUCAGGCCGCACCGUCUAGGCCUUUUCCCUACCGCCGCUCGCCCACAGACUCCGACGUGUCCCUCGACUCUGAGGACUCUGGGCUUAAGUCUCCUGGCAUCCUCGGCUACAACAUCUGUCCUCGAGGCUGGAAUGGCAGCCUGAGGCUCAAGCGUGGUAGUCUCCCCACCGAGGCCUCCUGCACCACCUAAAAUUCCAUCUUCACCCCAGGAGGGCCAAACCCGAAGAGGCACCAAACUUGGGGAACUCCGGCACCGAGACCUCAAAGGAAA